AUGCCUGGUAAUUCGGAUAAUACCGGAGCCGAAGAAUCGGCGAAUAAAUUAUCCCCACUUGGCGGUUGGCUUGAUACCGCUUUGCAGACUUUGAUUGUACAAAGUUCGCCAUUCCAAAGGGAUUUAUCGUUAAAGCGAAGUAGAAGCAGUGGAGGUAUUUUCCCUUCCAGCCCUAUCCCAGAGGAAUCCCAAGAAGGUCUUCGUCUUACUAAAAGCAUGAAUGAUUCCUUGAUUGAAAUUGAUGAUUUAUCAGGAAUUGAGCAAAGCACAGGUCAAGAUUUAACGGAUGGAAAUCAAUCUACAAGUAAUGGUUUAUCGACCAUUACUGAACAUGAAGAUACCGUUGAUGGCUUUCGAUCAUCCUUAAAAGAAGCCAAGGAACGAUUAGAACAAAUAAAGAAGGAAAAAGAAGAAUUACUAGCUUUACAAAAGCAGACAGCGCAUGAAUUAUCCAAUAUGACGCAAACAAAUCAAGCAUUAAUCAAAGAAUCAGAUGAAAGAGAAGUAGAAUAUGCAAUAUAUAAAGAAGAAGUUCAAGCGCUUAAGGAAACCUUGAUAGAACGCGAAGAAGAGUUGCAACUACAAAAACAAGAAUCCGUUCAAUUGCAAGCAUUAUUGAAAGAGAAAGACUUAAAAAUAGAUCAAUUAAAUGAAAAGAAUCAUGAGCUAAAAUCGCAAGUUGUCUGUUGUAUGCAAGAAUUACAGCAUGCCAAAGAUGAUAACAACAACAUUAUGCAAUCUUUACAACAUACUCAGGAAUUUCUACAAGAAGCUAAAACAGAAGGAGAGCAAUGUCGUCAAAUGUUAACCCAAUGCAAAGAUAUGUUGGUGGAUGCAGAGGAGCGACGAGAACAAUUACGAAUUGUGAUUGAGCAAAAAGAGAAAGAGAUCAUAAAUGUUUUAAACGAUAAUCGUAAAUUGAAAGAUGUUCUGGAGAACUACGAAAAUCAAUUAGAUCCAAAUUUUUCCCGCCAACAAGAUUUGCAAAAGAAUGCUCCAAUUUUUGUUUCCUUAUUUUGGUUAUUCUUUUAA